AUGGCUCGCUCACAAGCCGAUAACCUUCAAUACCUUGCCCAUUCCGCGAAUGCUCUAUCCCCCAGGCCAGAUUCCACCGCGUCGAGAAUAUCUACCACCAAUACGGCCGGGACUGUGUCGACCGCUCCAGCGGGGCCCUCGCAGGAACGAGGCGCGAUGUAUAGCCCCCGCGUAGAACCUCCUUCCAUGACCAGCGCCAGUGCUCCUCGAGCGUGCGAGCGUUGCGUGCGCACCAAUAAAACCUGUCGCGGACCAGUAGGUGCGCGCUGCGAACAUUGUAAACGCUUAAAGCAACGAUGUUCAAACGCCAGUGGCUCCUCUCGUGGCAAGCAUGCCGCUGCCAGGCGCAAUGACGCCAACGCUAACGAGACAGGCGCCACAGACAGCGCACAGGAUCCGUCUCCCACCCCACUGCGCACCAGUAACGCUGAUUCAUAUUCGCGCCCAGUGGGCCCGAGCAUGAAGCGCAAGAUGGACGACAGGGAGGACACACCCAGCGACGAGCGCAGCUUCUCGAGGGACGAGUCUGAUGAAGAGAAUGACUACGGCCAUCAGAUUCCUGCCAAGCUCAACAAGAGACGCCGCUCGCAGACGAAUGGUUCCAUGAUCGCUUCCAGGGUCCUCCGGUAUGUCGCACAGAUCGAGGAGGCCCGGAAGCGACUCGACGUUGCCUAUAACACUGAAAUGAAGAAACUUGACCAUAUUAUUGCAGCUCUUACAAAGGACAUGUCGGACCUCAGAGAGGAUGCUAGAGACGCGUCGACUUAGAGAUUUGCUUUUCACCUGUUCUUCCUUCGCCGUCAUCGCAACCCUCUCUCCAUUGUAUCGCGAACCCCAUGACACUCCUCUUGCUCAUGACUCAUCCACAUUCCCCUUUCUAUGUAUCACUAUCCUGUAUGUUCAUGACACAUCUUGCUUUCUUGU